AUGCUAGAGUCCGCCAUUGACUCACCAAUGAAUCACAAACACUACGGACAAAACGACUUGUUUCAACUGGCCGGGAUUCUUGCAGAGAAAGUGAUUCUCAAUCACCCAUACCAGGAUGGCAACAAACGAACUGCUCUUUUCGCCGCAGACAUGUUUCUGAAGAUGAACGGCUACCAGUUACACAAGAAACCAAUGGGCAAAAAUGCCACAGAACUCAAUGAAGGACUCGCCAAUGCUCAUGUUCUCGUCGCAACGAGCCAGUGGACAUCGGAGGACCUAGGGAAUUACUACGUUAAUGUGGCUAGACCGCUAGAAGAUGAAAGCAGAGAGAGAGAUCAAUGA